UGUGCUGUCAGCUGUCUGUCUUCUCCACGGCCGGCGCUCCUCUGCUCUGCUCUCCACGUCCGGGAACGCAGCCGCCUCCGCUUCCCGCGGUCGACGCAACUCCGCUUCCCACUCGGGUCACCACGGCGACGGUGGCUCCCGCCCGGAUCUGAACCAGCCGCACCCUACCGGAUAACAGCAGCUAGCUAGGCGGCACCGGCAGGAAGGCAGGCCUCCGACGCACAGCAGCUGGUCAGAUCCCCCAUCCCCUCUCCGUGGCACAAUAGGAUCAAUGCCUGAGUUUGGUUGACCACACAGAGAAAUAAACUACGUGGUACCCAUCCCUGGCCUGCUGUGCUGUGCUGCAACUCAAUCCCCCAUUUGCAGCAGCUAGGUACUAGGCAGGAAGGAAGGCAGGCAGGCAGCACCCCAUCACCGGCGCGCUUGCGCUAACGUGUUGCACAAUCGUUCAUCCCUGCGUCCGGCCAGAGGAUGGCUGAGGCCGCCCUCGGCGCGGCACAAUGGGUGGUGGAGAAGGCGCUAGGCCCCGUGGCAGACGGCUUGCUGGGGGCUUGGUCAGCCAGCAGCAACCUUGGCCUCAACAUCGAGGACCUCAGGAUGGAACUGCUGCUCGUCAAGGCCACGCUCCAACAAGCUGCCCGCAAGGAGAUCUGGAUGGUUAAAACAACUGGCCAAUCAAUAGAACUGGAUGGUUUAAAUUCUGGAGAGUUUAGAAAGUUAUUUCUCACAUUUGUCUUUGGUGAUGAGCAAUGUCCAAGGGACAAACAUUUUCUGCUUGAGACCGGAGAUAAGAUAAUGGAAAAACUAAAGGGCUCCCCUCUUGCAGCAAAGACUGUUGGUAGAUUGCUAAGUAAAGACCAUAGUUUGGGGCAUUGGAAAAGGGUCCUAAACAGUAAAGAAUGGGAAAAGCAAACCAAUGGUAUUAUGUCUGCCUUGAGGCUUAGCUAUGACUUUCUCCCUUUCCAUCUGCAGCAAUGUUUUUCCUAUUCUGCAUUGAUUCCUGAAGAUAUAUAUCUCAGAAGCUAUGAUCUCAUCAGCCUGUGGAUCGGACUAGAUAUUCUGAUACCUAGUGAUCAAAAUCAAACAUUUGAAGAUAUAGGUUUGAGCAAUUUAAAUGAGUUAGUCAAUUAUGGAUUUUUCAGGGAAGAUUCCGGUGGUCAGCGGUAUGUUAUGCAUGAUCUACUACACGAUUUGGCAUUGAAGGUUGCAUCGCAUGAUUGUCUUUGUUUACGUCCCCCUAAUGUUGGAUCAGUGGUAAUUCAGCCAACCACCCGUCACUUGUCUAUAAGCACACAUGACUUAGGCAAAUAUGAUGAAGUGUCAGGUGAAAAAUUAAGAAGUGAAUUGGAAGAACUGAAGACAAAAUUGAAGGUUGAACAUUUGCACACAUUGGUGUUAUUGGGUAAAAUGGAUGGAAGUUUUGCCAAGAUAUUUGGUGAUUUUUUUCUGGAAGCAAAUGCUCUUCGUGUUCUUUAUUUGUUUGACAUGAUGCAUCCCAUGGAGUUCAUGUUACAUCACUUUUCAAGACUUGUCCACCUACGAUUCCUAUGUCUGGGGACAUGUGACAGAGAGAUGCAUUUACCACUCAACAUCUCUAAAUUUUAUCAUUUAAGGGUUCUAGAUCUUGAGCCAUGGCGUGGGAGUUCUGAUUUGCCCAGAGACAUGAGCAAUCUUGCAAAACUGUGCCAUAUUCAUACCCGUGAUGGUGAGCUUCAUUCUGAUAUUUAUAAUGUGGGAAAACUUAAACUCUUAGAAGAGUUGAAGGUAUUUCGAGUCAAUAGAAAAAGUGAAGGAUUUGAAGCAAAGCAACUAGAGCAUUUAAGCAAGCUCAGGGAGCUUGGCAUCUACAACCUUGAGAAGAUAGAUACUGUAGAAGAAGCAGCUCAAGCAAAACUGAUGGAGAAAAAAUACUUGAAGAGGUUAUCAUUGAACUGGGAUAGUGAGCGGUCUACUGUUGAGGCUAGUGUUGAAGCAGCGGUUCUUGAGAGCCUUCAACCUCAUGGAGAUCUUCAAGUGUUGUGUAUUAGAGGGCACGGAGGUCUUUCUUCUCCAACAUGGCUGGCAGAGGAGUUCGCUGUUGAAGCUCUACAAUCUCUUUAUCUGAAUGGUGUUUCUUGGGAAGUUUUCCCUUCUUUAGGGAAGGCUUGGGAUCUUCGUGAGCUAAAAUUGAAGCAUAUUGCCAGACCGAAGGAUUUUAUCAUAGAGAGAAGCUUUUGCAGGCUAAUAAAUCUUACACUCAUUGGCCUAGGAAGUUUUGAAAAUUGGGUUUACACAGGUGAACAAGAGUCUUCCGUUGGUGGAGACUUGUUGCCACCGACUGCUCACAUGUUUCCUCUUUUGCAAGUUCUGAUUAUUAGAGAGUGCCCAAAACUCUUGGGGUUUCCUUCCCCAAACCACAUUGUUUCCCCAGAUUGGUUCCCCAAGCUACAAGAGCUUGAGGUAACCUGCUGUUCAGAGUUCUCGUCAGCGAUUCUCAUCUCCUGGAUUGAAGGUCUGCGUCAAGUCAUGAUGAAAAAUGUAAAGUUACUGAAGCAUUUUUGGUACUCAAAAUCAUCCAAUGGAGCACAAUUGGAGAUUAUUGGAGAGGCUGAUUUGCAUAGCAUAGACCAAGUGUUAGUUUUUGAUAAAGAAACAGGUCUAGAGACGCUGACACUGGACAAGUGCCCACCUCUGGAGUUGAAGCACCUUCUAAUGCUAACCUCGCUGAGGACAUUGAUUGUAAAAAAAUCAGUUGGUCUAGUUGGACCACUAGGAAGAGGUCAGAGUGAUGUGGAAUGGCAGCUCCAUGUUGAGUGUAUCAAGAUCGAUGGCUUAACUGGUAAUACUGGCGAGGAACUGACAGAGCUCCUUCCCCACCUCCCAAAGCUCUCCGAAUUGGAAAUAUGGAGGUGUAAAAACAUAAAAAGGCUGGUAGUGGGGGUGGAUGUGCAACAGACAACACAAGAAGCAUCAGAGAUAACCGCAGCAGCAGAGGAAGAGGAUGAUGGGGUGCUGCUCUUCCCCGCUCAUCUCCGUGACUCACUACGGGAAUUGGAUUUCACUUUGUGCCCAGAGCUGGUCCUGGUGGACCCGCCAACUCUUGUUCCUGGAGGAGGAUGGCUCCAAGCUUUGCAAUCCCUCCAGAGAUUAACAAUACAGGGGUCCCCAAAGCUUCUAUCCACCUUCUCCUUUUCCUGUGACAUUUUCCCUUCCUCCCUGAAGUUUCUGGAGCUUUCGGAUGUGAAAGGCAUGGUGACACUGGAGUCCCUCUCAAACCUCUCCUCUCUUGUCAGAUUAGAGUUGUGGAAUUGCGGAGAGGAUUUGAAAUAUCAGGGCUUUUGGUCUCUCCUUACCACCGGGGGCCAGCUCAAAAAAUUAAGAGUCCUGAAAAGCCCUAGAUUCUUUGCUGAUUGGGAUCCCAAUCCCAGACGGGCUUUGGAGGAUGCUGAGGGAGGUGAAGAGCAUCAGACACAGCUUGUUUCAUCCACACUGUGUGAGCUCUGCACGGAUGACAUAGCAGGAUUUCUUGCUGCACCCGUCUGCGGAUUCCUCUCUUCCUCCCUCACCAAGCUGAAACUUCAUUCGAGUUGGUCCACACAGCUAGAGCGCUUCAGCAAGGAGCAAGAGGACGCCCUUCAGCUCCUCUCCUCUCUCCAGCAACUUAAGUUUGAGAGUUUCAGGAAGCUUCAACAACUCCCUGCAGGGCUGCGUAACCUUACCAGCCUCAAGAGAUUAGCAGUCAAGUUCUGUCCAGCCAUCUCGUCAUUGCCCAACGAUGCCCUCUCGGAUUCACUGGAAAAGCUAGAUAUCUUCAGCUGCAGUGAGGAGCUGAAACAGCAGUGCAGGGGGUUAGAGGGAACCAUCCCAGAAAUCAAAAUAUGGUGAUCCAAGGAGAAUGCCUUGGAGUUCCCUUGUACAUUCUUCUAGCCUUGUAGAGCUCUUCCCUUCCCAUACAAACACAUUUGCUCCUUCCUGUGGCUUAAAUCUGGUGUUCGUUCAAUUUUGUGGGCUUGUUCAUAUUUUGCAUUUAAAAUUUGGGUCAUUGUCAUUCACCAGGACGUGGUAGUCUACUUCCCUAGUUCAGGUUUCACAAUCAAAAUAUCAGUACUAUGUUGAGACUUUGGGGUCAAGCUACUGAUGUUAAGGUGUUCUAGUGUUUGUUUGGUAGGCUUUGUAGCCACUUGUUUUUACAUUUUGUCCAAAACUCAUGAAGACUGACGGUGUACCUGGAGAGUUCAGAUUUAGAGAUCAGCGGAUCACAGGAAUUGCCUGCAUACCAUAGCACUGCACCCCUGGAGCCAAUUCAGAUCAUAGGGGUAGUGGCAGUCCAAAGGUAAAGCAAUUUGUUCUGAUCAAGUCCACAGUGAAUCAGGAUGUUGAUUAAUGCCUAACUAGUGAUUCACUUGCUGCUCAACUGUUUACAUCAUGUGAAACUUGCCUGACUAGUGACGGAACUGCUCACAGUGAUCUUGCUUGCAUGGAAGGAACAUUCGUUCCUGCAAGAAUCGACUGCCAAGGAGGGUGAUGGAUUAACUUGCAACCAGUCCACGGAGUAUCUGAAGCCAUGCUAAGGAAGAAGAAGCAGGAACACUGCCUAGGCUAGCAGAAACGUAGCCCUACAGCUAGGUCUAGGUGGUAUAUCUGAAAGCCCGUCAGCCUGGUGAUGUCACUCAGAAAUUGUUGCGAUGAGCACAUCAUUCACAUUCAUACCGUGUAUGCGAUGGAACCAGACUGCAUCGUCUGAAGAAAUCGAUGCUUGUCAUGCUGUUAACAACUGAAGAAAUUGACACCCAGCGCUCAUUUGGCGCCAAACUGGGCUCAUCGGCUCAUCAUCACCCGUCUGAUCAUCAUCCAACUGCAACUUACCGCUUCGCCCGGAGCUACGACACACCACCACCCUCAGUCAUCAUGCAUACAAAUAGCCCGGAGUUUUCGCUAUCUGAAUUACCUUUUCACUGUCUCCUUGUUCACAUGUUUUACUUUAGCGUUAUUAAAGUAAAGAAUACCUCUUACUGGUUGUAAUGGGUAUAAAACCAACCCUGAAUCUAUCUGAGAGCCGUGGAGCUCGUCUUCCUGUACUUGGGGUGUACUAAUUUCA